CAGCACUGGAUACCUGCCCCUGUCUUUCUGUUCUGUGAAGAGGGGUCAUCCCCAUCAUCCUGUAUCCAUCUCUGUGCACUCCUAUCUGGGGGUAUGAUCAGUGCACAGACAGCCUCUUCUCUCCAGGGUUCUGUGGCUCCGUCAGAGUGAACACCCUCAAUCUGAAAACACAACCAUUCAUGUUCGAUUUGGACUCUGUCACCGUUUAUCUUUGAAAGCGAUAACUCAUCAGUGUGUCAAAGUGUUACGAGAGUGGAAGAAAUCGUUAUCUCUGCAGCCUCGGUUGAACUGUGAUCAAAGUUCGUCCAUGUCGGGUACUAGUGCUCUCCGGACAGUCGCUCUUGUUCGCUGUAAAUCACCUUUUUUCGGGGGGGGGAAAACUACAGAAACGGUUUCAGAGAUGAAGAUGGAGAAAAGUCAAAGGAAAGAGUUCCUGGAGAAUAUCAGUGUUCUGCAAUGGAUAUGGAGCUUCCUCCUGUUAGGUCCGGUUUGUAUUGGAUUGAUGGUGUACCUUCUGUUGACUUGUCUGUGGCCGCUGCCUGUUCUCUACCUCAUCUGGCAGUUGAUGGACUGGCACACACCUGAAAGAGGAGGCAGGAGAAGUUCUUUUGUGAGAAACUGGAAAGUGUGGAAUCACGUUAGGGACUACUUCCCAAUGAAGUUAGUGAAAACGGCGGAGCUGAACCCAAACGAGAACUACAUCUUAGGGUGUCAUCCUCAUGGGGUGUUGAGUAUCGGAGCCUUUGCCUCUUUUAGCACCGAGGCCUGUGGCUUUAUGGACCUCUUUCCCGGGGUGCGCUCCUGCCUCUGCAUCCUGGGUGGCCUCUUCAAGAUCCCCCUCUACAGGGAAUAUGCCAUGGCCACAGGUUGUUGUCCAGUCAGCAAGCCCAGUCUAAAGCACCUUCUGUCUAAUAGUGGACAAGGCAAUGCGGUGGUGAUUGUGAUAGGGGGCGCUGCUGAGUCACUGUUGAGCCUGCCUGGGGUUAACACUGUGGUAAUGAGACAGAGGAAAGGCUUCGUCCGGGUGGCCCUGGAGUUUGGGGCUAACCUGGUGCCCGUCUACUCGUAUGGGGAGAACAAUAUUUUCCGCCAGGUGAUCUUCUCAGAGGGGAGUGUGGGCUGGAGGUUCCAACAACUCUUUAAGAAAAUCAUGAGCUUUUCCCCGUGUCUGUUUGUAGGUGAACGCUGGUUUUGGAUGCCUUACCACUGCCCGGUCACCACUGUAGUGGGUAGUCCUAUCCCAGUGCCCAAGAGGCUUUCUCCCACUCAAGAGGAGGUGGACCACUAUCAUGGCCUCUACAUGGAAUCCCUGGUCAAGCUCUUCAAUGAACACAAGACCAGCUGUGGACUCUCAGACAGCCACGAGCUGCAGAUCGUAUAGACCAGUCAUUUAAACUGCUCCCUACGAGGACAAUGUGAAUGAUACUGUAGUCUAUUGAUCUCCACACUGAGACGACUUCAAUAAACACAUUCCAACUAGAGGAUCUGAUUCAGAGAUGUCCCAAAUCAUUGAUCCUUGGAUUACCCAAGCUGCCUGGCUACUAGCUUUUUACUGUAAGAGUAAACUACAACCCCAUGUACUUUGGUCAGAUGUUGUUUACGUAGUCUGUCCACCAGAUAUUACUUUAAGAAUGACUACAACGGAAUAGUGCAUGCGCUUAAUAUGUAAUAAUUUAACCAUUAUUAAACAGGUUCAAAUUCA